CAUUACUUGGGUGAAAUGAGCAACCCACUGAUGAUCACAUCCCUGCGUAACUGACAUGCGCGCCUCGUCAAGACAGGCUUUGCCAACUUGACGAAGCUUUCACAACGCCCCCACGUUGUUACUUCAAGUGGCGUUUUUCUGGUCCAUGCUCCGCUCUAGCCCAUGAGCAUCUCUCGACCUCAUGUCUCUGCAACAUGGACUUCAUUUUCCGACUCCACUCAAGCGCAUAGCCACGCGGACCUAAGCUCAAGCAUUGUCAGGCGGAGGCGCAGACAGAGUCCGCAUGACUUUCAGAUGGCGCUCUUUGCCAGCUGGCAACAGAAUACGAGAGGAGACUCCUCCACGCAUAAUGCAGGGAGUAGAGGGUACCUAGGUACUUCCGCUCGAUACAGCAAGACACACGGCAGCAACGGCACCAGGUGUGACCCGAGGUCCUGGAGUCACAUCGCGUUUCUUACCAGGAUUCAGGUCGGACAAGUCAGGCCCGACAGAACAGCCUCGCGAGCUGUGCCUGAUCCUCAGUGGACCUGGCUCAUGUUCCCCCACGCCAGUAGCCGAGGUCCAAGAAGGGAACCAGCAACAUGCUCUCCGCUGUGGGUCCUCGAGAUCCCGAUGCUUGAGAAGAAAUUCUUGUUUCGUACUCUUCAAAUGCCGAUAUUUUACAAGUCAUGCCGCUGCUCCACAUUACCGUGUCAAGUUGCCAAGGCGUCCAACCCGAUAAUCAGAGACGCAAACGACCAUCGCUUAAGUCAUAAGAGAUCGAACAUCCUCGGACGAUCCAUCGAAUGAGAUCGAACAUGAUUCUUGGGCGCCCAUGUGCACAACUUCACGAUGGUACCCAGUAAAAGGCCUGCAUCUUUAUGC